AUGCCUCCACCAGCUAUUCGACGUGCUGCUCAGCCACGCAAUACAGCAUGCAGAGCGUCUGUCAAAAUCUCAGCAACUGCUGAUCGGGAGAAGAGCCCUGAGACAUUGAGUGACCAUCCUGGUGGCCUGCUGGGUGAGGCUCUGACUACCAAAACUAGCGAUGACCAGGAUAAGUGGAAGGCAUGGGUUGAGAUGGAGUCUGAGCCUGCAUUCUUCAGUGGCUUGCUCCGAGAUCUGGGUGUCAAGGAUGUCAAGGUGGCCGAGAUGUUCAGCGUCUCCAUAGAUGACAUUCAGCUCCUACCCCAGCCUGUCCUGGGCUUUAUCCUUCUCUGCAAAUACGCCAACGAGGACCAAGAGGAAGCCGCCACCCCAGCACCACCACCCAGUCUGUGGUUUGCCAACCAGACCAUGGCCAAUGGCUGCGCGACCGUCGCACUCCUCAAUAUCCUGAUGAACCAGCCCACGGUGGACCUGGGCGCCAGCCUGACCGCCUUCAAGGCCCAGACAGCCGACCUCCCCCCUCACCUCCGCGGCUACCUCCUCGACAGCAACCCGGCCAUGCGCCAGACCCACAACUCGUACGCGCGCUGCCUGGAGCACCUCAACGCAGAUCUCCUGCUCUCUAACGAGUACGAAGAUUGCGGCGGCUGGCCUGAGGAGGAGACGAGCACUACUGCCACCAGCACCACCGGCGGCGGCAACAAGACGUCCGCCAAGCGCAAGACCACCACCACCUCCAAUUCCAGCGCCAAGAAGAAGCGCAAGUCCUCCUCCGCUCCAACAGCCAGCACCACCACUACCACGGCCACCCGCAAGAAACGCCGCCGCGCCUCAGACGACAAUGCCUGCCACUACAAGGCCUUCGUGCCCGUCGACGGCCAGGUCUGGGUCCUGGACGGGCUAGAGGAGAAGCCCGUGUCGCUGGGCCCUACACAACCACCAGCAGUCGCCAACGAUGGAGUUGUCUACGAUGGUGAUGCUAAGCAUGAUGACAACGAUAAUGUCUCUCCCCCCCCCUCCUGCCCCUCCUGGGUGCGCACCGCGCUGGGCGGGAUCGCAGACCGCAUGGCCGCCGCGGGGGACGACAUGGUCAGCGUCCUGGCCGUAUGCGAGUCCCCACACCCUGCGCUCCGACGCGAACUCGUGGCCAACAUCCACGCCAUGUCCGCCGCGCUCGCCGCCGUCCCGGACACCUGUACAAGUGUCAGGCUGGACCAGCACAGCAGCCGCCGCCUCCUCUGGGUCGAUCCCGACGGCCGUAUCGACCGGGACGCCCUGGCCGAGUACGGUCUCACGCCUGAGCAGGUCAUCAGCAGCAGCAACAACAACAGCAACAACAACAACAACAGUGCAGUAGCGGCACCGACGGCAGCAGAGGACCCGGACCAAAGUGGCAGUGAAGGAGAGGGAGGGGCGGCUGAUGUGGAGCACUACCGCCGCCGCCGCCAGAACGCCAUCGAGGUGCUACGUGUCGAGCAGGCGCGUAUCCGGAGCGAGUACAUGCAGGUCAACAGCGAGAUCGCGGGCGAGGAGGAGCUGUGCUCGGGCCGGAAGAGGGACUAUGGGAGCGUCGUGCACACGUGGGCCAGGAAGAUCGCCGAGAAGGGUGAGCUGCAGGGUCUCAUGGGUUGA